CUCUCCGGAGUGCAGCCGCCUCCUGUGACGGGAGGAGGAGGGAGAGGAAAAGGAGGACGAUCGGUUUUCUCACUGUCCUGACUCAGUUUGGCACCUCGGGCUGAAGGAGCAACAGAGGAUGCAAAGGAAACUGCAGGAGCUGGAAAGUUGGCUCUAGCUUCACUGGGCAGUCAAUCUGUCACUUUGCAGCUUAGCAAACUUUUUUAAAAGCAGAAAAGGAGGCGGUGGACGCUGGAGAGUGGGGAGGAGGAGGAGGAGGAAGAAGAGAGAGAGAGGAAGAAGCACCCCGCCGUCACCCUGCUCCCUCCUUUGCGCACGUGUUUUUUGGCAACGAGAUGGCAUCACCAUCCAUCAAGAGGCGGCUACCCAUGUGGCAGGACGCUCUGUGGACUCGCGGACGCUACCUGCUGGAGAAGAACGAUGGAGGCGAGGGGCCCGAGGGGCCCGAGAACCUCGGAGACGGGUGCCAGGGGUUCCAGGGUGAGGUGUGCGCGGAGGGCGAGAAGCCUCAGGACUGGCUGUACGAGUCGUACUACAGGAUGAGCCAGCAGCAUCCGCUGAUAGUGUUCCUGCUGCUGAUCGUCAUGGGAACCUGCCUCGCACUCCUGGCGGUGUUCUUUGCUUCAGGACUGAAUACAGAGGACCACUUGACGUUCUUGAUCACAGUGCCCACUGCCCUCUUCCUCUUCCUGUCCAUCUUCAUCCUCGUCUGCAUCGAAUCGGUCUUCAAGCGGAUGCUUCGCCUAUUCUCUCUGCUAAUAUGGGCCUGUCUGGUCACCAUGGGUUAUCUGUUCAUGUUCUCUGGAGGGAGACUCAGCCCCUGGGACCAGGUCUCCUUCUUCCUCUUCAUCGUGUUUGUUGUCUACACCAUGCUUCCCUUCUCCAUGAAAGGGGCCAUUAUCGCCAGCGGAAUCACCUGCUUCUCACAUACUAUCACUCUCAGUGUCUGUCUGACAGCCAGUGAAACUGAACUGGAGCCUCUGGUCUGGCAGAUCUUAGCCAAUGUGAUCAUCUUCACCUGUGGAAACCUGGCCGGGGCAUAUCACAAGCAUCUGAUGGACCUGGCACUCAAACAGACCUAUCAGGACACCUGCAACUGCAUCAAGUCCCCCAUCAAGCUGGAGUUUGAAAAGCACCAACAGGAGCGUUUGCUGUUAUCCUUACUGCCUGCUCACAUAGCCAGAGUGAUGAAAGCUGAGAUCAUCCAGAGGCUUCAGGGACCAAACUUCGGUCGAACUGAGAGCACCAACAACUUCCACAACCUCUACGUGCAGCGGCACACCAAUGUCAGCAUACUCUACGCAGACAUUGUGGGCUUCACCAGGCUGGCCAGUGACUGCUCUCCAGGCGAACUCGUGCAUAUGCUGAAUGAACUCUUUGGCAAGUUUGACCAGAUUGCAAAGGAAAAUGAGUGCAUGCGAAUCAAGAUCCUGGGAGACUGUUAUUACUGUGUGUCUGGUCUGCCCGAGUCACUGCCUGACCACGCCAGGAACUGCGUGAAGAUGGGCCUGGAUAUGUGUGAGGCCAUCAAGAAGGUCAGAGACGCCACUGGAGUCGACAUCAACAUGCGCGUUGGCGUUCAUUCUGGAAAUGUCCUUUGUGGCGUGAUUGGCCUCCGGAAGUGGCAGUACGAUGUGUGGUCACACGAUGUAACGCUAGCCAAUCACAUGGAGGCUGGAGGUGUGCCUGGGAGGGUUCAUAUCUCUUCAGUGACACUGGAGCAUUUGAAAGGCUCGUACAAGGUAGAGCCUGGAGAUGGGCAGAGCAGAGAUUCCUACCUGAAAGAACAUAAAGUGGUCACCUACCUGGUCAUCAACCCCAAGACCGAGAGGCAUAGCCCGCUGCUAGGCGUACGCUCUCGGCCCUCACUGGACGGCGGGAAGAUGAGAGCAUCUGUCAGGAUGACCCGGUACCUGGAGUCCUGGGGAGCUGCCAAACCCUUUGCCAAUCUCCACCAUCGAGACAGCAUGACCACAGACAAUGGCCAAAUCAACACCACUGACGUUCCAAUGGGGCAGUACCACUUCCAGAUGAGACGAGAAAGGUCCAAAUCUCAGAGGAGGAGGUUUGAAGAAGAACUCAAUGAACGAAUGAUUCGCACCAUUGAUGGCAUUAACUCACAAAAACAGUGGCUGAAGUCUGAGGACAUCCAGAGGAUCUCAUUGUUCUUUCACAACAAAGCCCUGGAGAAAGAGUACAGAUCUACCACAUUACCUGCCUUCAAGUACUACAUCACCUGCGCCUGCCUCAUAUUCUCCUGUAUAUUCAUAGUGCAGGUCCUUGUCUUGCCCAAAACGGCCGUGCUCGGGAUCUCCUUUGGGAUGGCAUUCCUGCUAUUGGCUUUGAUCCUGCUCCUUUGCUUCGCUGGUCACAUUCUGCAGGGAAGGAAGGGGUCCUUCUGUUCUCUUACAUGGCUUCCGACUUCCUCUCGCAUCAUCGUCACCAAUAACCCCUGGCUGCGAUUGGUCCUCACCAUGACGACCACUGCUCUCAUACUGGUGAUGGCCGUCUUUAAUAUGUUUUUUGUGGAGGAUCCCGGAGGAUCUGUGGACAUUCUGACAACUGUAAAUCUGACCAACAACAGCCAGCUGGACAAUGUGGAAGAUGACACGGGCAAAAGCAAGUUUUACUUGCCAUAUUUCAUCUACUGCUGCAUACUGGGCUUGGUGUCAUGCUCCGUGUUCCUGAGGAUCAACUACGAGCUGAAGAUGGUGGUGAUGCUGGUCGCCGUGGUAAUCUAUAACAUCAUCAUCCUUCAGACCCACGCAUCUCUACUGGAUGGAUUCAGCAAAGCCUUAUACCCCACAGAUAAACUAGAUCGACUGGGCGUCCUGAAGGAUCUGAAGACAAUGGGUUCUGUGUCUCUCUUCAUCUUCUUCAUUACGCUCCUGGUCUUAGCCAGGCAGAAUGAAUAUUACUGUAGGUUGGACUUCCUGUGGAGGGACAAGUUCAAGAGGGAGUGUGAGGAGAUCGAAACCAUGGAGAACCUCAACCGGGUUCUGCUGGAGAACGUCUUACCAGCUCACGUGGCUGAACAUUUUCUGGGACGCAACUGGAAAAAUGAGGACCUUUAUCAUCAGUCGUACGAGUCGGUGUGUGUGAUGUUCGCCUCUAUCCCAGACUUCAAAGAGUUUUAUACUGAGUCUGAUGUCAAUAAAGAAGGACUGGAGUGUCUUCGUCUUCUCAACGAGAUCAUAGCAGACUUUGAUGAGCUGCUGUCCAAGCCAAAAUUCAGCGGCGUGGAGAAGAUAAAGACCAUCGGUUCUACCUACAUGGCUGCGACUGGACUUAAUGUGACACCAGGACCAGAGUGUGCGCAGGAACAUGACAGGCAGUACAUGCACAUUGGCACAAUGGUGGAGUUUGCAUUUGCUCUUGUUGGGAAGCUGGAUGUCAUCAACAAGCAUUCUUUCAAUGACUUCAGACUCCGGAUUGGUAUAAACCAUGGGCCAGUGAUUGCAGGAGUAAUUGGAGCCCAGAAGCCUCAGUAUGACAUCUGGGGAAAUAGUGUGAAUGUAGCCAGUAGGAUGGAAACCACGGGGGUGCUGGGAAAAAUACAGGUAACAGAGGAGACGCGUCUUAUCUUAACAAAAUUAGGGUACAUGUGUUCAUGUCGCGGCAUCAUCAAUGUGAAGGGCAAAGGAGAGCUGAAGACCUACUUCGUUCACACAGAGAUGACCCGAUCUCUGUCACAAGGGACCGUGAUGCCUUGAGCAUGCCACGCUAACUGAACAAAUAGACUUGAGAACACAAUUGCGCACACAAAGUGGCCGUAGAAGUGAUUUGUCAUUCUCUGUUAAGUAAAACCCAUUACCAGAAGCCAGCAGCACGACGGAUAGACGAUUGUAAAGAACCACUUUUGUCCUUAGCAACACAGUGUAAGUCAGAGCCAAGGUGCACCGCCACAGUCCUUCAAGGCUGCACUUAAGGUGGUUUUCACAUCUCAAGUGUAACAAGGACUUCACUCCGAGGGGUCUCUUGACUGUCUAAAGGAGUGCCUGACUCAAAGGGAGGUUUGCUAAAUUAGUGCAGCUCUCAAGGACCGCAGUCACCCAUCUGUACAAUAGUAGCGGUGUGGAGCUAAUUACCCAUGCCAGUGCUGUGCUUCAAAGCCUUACACUCGAGCAAACUGAGCCGCCUGCCGAGCUGUGUUGUUUUUUUUUUUGUUUUAUUUUGUUUUUAAAUCUCCGCUUGGUUGGCAAUGUGAGCCAGUUUGUUCCAUUUUAUUCCAAAUGGAUGUUACAAUAGUUUAUUGUUAUAUAGAGCUAUUGUUGCCAACAAAAUGCCAGCGUGAUGGUUAAUGUGCCAGAACCUGUGAUUUGUAUUUAUAACUGUAGAACUGCGUUUGUGUCCCAGUCGAGCAGGUGGACUCAAGCGCAGGACUCAAAAGUAGAGGUUUCUUUUUUAUAAUCCAUCUGGAACCCAACCAACCGCACGUGUGUAAAUGUGUCCACUGCCAUCCUUUUGUUAUUCAU